ACAUCUGACUACAUAAAUGCAAGUUUCAUGGAUGGUUACAAGAGGAGCAAUGCUUACAUCGCUACUCAGGGGCCUUUGCCAAAAACAUUUGGAGACUUUUGGCGAAUGGUGUGGGAGCAAAUGGUUUUAAUAAUUGUUAUGACUACAAGAGUUGUAGAGCGAGGCCGAGUGAAAUGCGGACAGUACUGGCCAUUAGAGGCUGGCCGCACUGAGGAUUAUGGGUACUUUUUGGUGAGAAAUGUCCAUAUUGAGAUGUUUCAGGACUUUAAGCUAUCGCACUUGGAGCUCUUCAACACUCAG